AAAGACGCCACCUCCGCUGUCCAUAGGCUCACCUCAACACCAUCGCCUUCUAGCAAGCGGCGGAGGAAGAGAUGGGGGUGACCAAAGAAGACGUCGAAUCCACGCUCACUUCGGCUCUCAAGCCCUCUCAUCUCGAAGUGAUCGAUACGUCUGGAGGAUGUGGGGCGAGCUUUGAGAUCGAGAUAGCAUCGGAGCAGUUCGAGGGGAAGAGGCUGCUGGAGAGGCACCGCCUAGUGAACGGUGCGCUGGCGGAGCAGAUGAAACACAUCCACGCCCUCUCCAUCAAGAAAGCCGUCACCCCUUCCCAGUGGAAGCCCCCGCAGUAGCGCCACCACUACGACCACCAUCUAUUAGUGAGUCUUAUGUGUUCUCCACACAAUAAUACAUUCCUUGAAACAAUUGCCUAUCGUGGUUGUGCGGAUAUCAAGAUGUUUUUAUAUAAUUUCUGGAUGCAAGAUUCUGGAUUGUUAUUGUGUUUACCGUGUGAUCAAUGCUUUUGAGUUAUGGGCU